CCGUACCAGGAAGAAGGAGUGCACCCAAGCUCUCCUCCAGACAGCAGCCUGAUCUCGGAGGGCUCUGGGGAGCCGAACCAAGCCCUCCGCGGCCAGCAUCCCGGCAUCCAGGGCGGGACCCCCUCCCGCCCCGCCUCCUUCCCAGAGCAGUCGCUCCAGCCCAUCGCCGGGACGGACGAGGCUGAGGGUGGUGAGGGCUCUGCGGGCGCCGUGGGGGCCACGCGGGUCCUGGCCCCGACGGCGCCCAGAAGACCUACAAGAGCUGUCCCGGGCCGAUGUCCCAGGUGAGCGGUCCGUGCCUUCCUCUCUGCGACGCGCCCCAUGGAGUCCCCAGCGCUGCCCUGGACCCAGCCCAGACCAUGUCCCUCCUCCCUGGGCUGGAGGUAGCAGCAGGAUCCACUCACCCUGCAGAGGCAUCGUCAGGAGAGGGCUCCCCGGAGGAGGUGGUACCCUCCAUGCCCCAAGACAGCGGUCCUGGGGCUCACCAGGCUCUGAACAGCACUGACCUCGAUGUUCUCACAGAAGCUGUGACGUGCCAGCCUCAAGGGAACCCCUUAGGCUGCACCCCACUACUGCCAAAUGGCUCCGGCCACAAGCACCCCUCGGAACUGGGCAGUGCUGUGCCUGCGGGGAAUGGUGCUCCAGGAGGCCCCAAGGCCCACCGGAAGUCGCAGGCGCACCCACCUCUGGGCAGCCAGGCCGGGAGGAAGAGCAAAGGCAGCCCUCGGUCGGCUUCCCAGGUCCCGCUGCAGGCACAGGAAGAUUGCUGCGUCCACUGCAUACUGUCAUGCCUGUUCUGUGAGUUCCUGACGCUCUGCAACCUCGUCCUGGACUGCGCCACCUGCGGCUCCUGCAGCUCAGAGGACUCCUGCCUCUGCUGUUGCUGCUGCGGCUCCGGCGAGUGCGCGGACUGUGACCUGCCCUGUGACCUGGACUGUGGCAUCGUGGACGCCUGCUGCGAAUCGGCAGACUGCCUGGAGAUCUGCAUGGAGUGUUGUGGACUCUGCUUCUCCUCCUGAAGCCCCAGAGCGGCCCCAGCGCUGUCACACAAAGCCUGACACCUCCCCUGACCCCAGGGCCCCCUCAGAAUCCCAACCCACAUGUGAGAAGGUGGCGUGGCCCAGGAGCCAUCUCAGCCACGGGACAGGUCUGUAACAGACACGCCUGCUCUCCUCGAUGGGUGACCAGGAACACGGCAUCUAGAACCUGGUGGGACAGGACCCAGUUAGCCGCCAGGACUCAGAACACUGUGAAAGGUAGGGGUGGGGGGUGGAUGGGAGGCCCAUGUCCUUCUCUACCUCUCUGCUCCAGGUGCCCACCUCCCUCUGCUAGCCCAGCUUGGAGGACAGAAAAUGUGAAAAGACACCUGCCCGGCCCACUGCCCGGCCCCUCCCCUCCUCCCCGGCUCAGUUAGACUCUUGUAGGGGCCUGACCCGUAUAGCGACCCAAGAGAGUGGGGCUUGGGGUGGGGGUGGGGUGGGAGGGGGACAGUAAGGAAAAGACUGGAAGUGGGGUAGAGGGAGGGCCUGUGCUAUCCGUUGCUGUAAAUAAAGAUAUUUGUUCAGUC